GCGGUGGCGGUUGGGGCGGGUGGUGCUUGUCCAGAGCCGUGUCGGGUCCCUGUCCCGGUUCCCGGUCUCCCUUGUCCCGGGCGGGCAUGGCGGACGAGGGCGCGGUCACGGUCUGCGUGCGUGUGCGGCCGCUCAUCGCCAGAGAAAAUGCUUCAGGAGAUAAAGUGUCCCUGCAUUGGAAGAGCGAAAAUAAUACUGUUUCCGACGUGAAUGGUACCAAAAUAUUUAGUUACGAUCGUGUCUUUCACUCCAGUGACAACACUCAGCAGUUAUAUGAUGGUGUAGCUGUUCCAAUUAUACAGUCAGCUGUGCGAGGUUAUAAUGGCACAAUUUUUGCUUACGGACAGACUGCUUCAGGGAAGACUUACACAAUGAUGGGAAAUGAAGAUUCUGCGGGCAUUAUCCCUAAGGCAAUUCAACAUGUUUUCAAAAUUAUUUGUGAGAUCCCAGAUAGAGAAUUCUUGCUAAGAGUUUCUUACAUGGAAAUCUAUAAUGAAACCAUUACAGAUUUGCUUUGUGACAGUAGGAAAAAGAAGCCUCUGGGAAUUCGUGAGGACAUUAAUAGGAAUACAUAUGUAGAAGAUCUGAUUGAAGAAGUAGUGGUUGCCCCAGAACAAGUUAUGGAAUGGAUAAGAAAAGGAGAAAGAAAUCGCCAUUAUGGAGAAACAAAAAUGAAUGAGCACAGCAGCCGUUCUCACACGAUCUUCAGAAUGAUCAUUGAAAGCAGAGAACGAAGUGACCCUGCAAAUGCAAACUGUGAUGGAGCAGUCAUGGUUUCCCACUUGAACUUGGUAGAUCUGGCAGGCAGCGAAAGAGCUAGUCAAACAGGAUCUGAAGGUGUCCGAUUGAAAGAAGGCUGCAAUAUAAAUCGGAGCUUGUUCAUUCUGGGUCAAGUUAUCAAAAAACUUUGUGAUGACCCUUCUGGCUUCAUAAAUUACAGAGACAGCAAGCUGACUCGAAUUCUGCAGAACUCCCUUGGAGGAAAUGCUAAAACUGUUAUUAUUUGUACAAUUACUCCAGUUUCUUUUGAUGAAACACUCAGUACUCUUCAGUUUGCCAAUACAGCCAAAGGAAUGAAGAAUACACCAAAAGUCAAUGAAGUACUUGAUGAUAAUGCCCUCCUGAAGAGAUACCGAAAAGAAAUUGUGGACUUGAAAAAGCAGCUGGAGGAAGUGUCGGUAAAGACUCAAAUUCAUGCAAUAGAAAAGGACCAAUUGGCCCAGCUGCUGGAAGAAAAAAAUUCUCUCCAGAAAGUACAGGAAGACAAGAUACGAAAUUUAACUGAGAUGCUGGUGACCGCUGCUUCCUUUGCCUCAAAAGACAAUGUUAAAGCCAAGAGAAGAAGAAGAGUUACUUGGGCUCCUGGUAAAAUAAAACAGGCAAAUGUGAGCUAUUUUGAAGACUUUGAAAAAGACAUGCCAACUGAAACAAAAAAAAUGAAAACGUCUCUGUCGGCAUUACCAGAUGCAGACGAUUCUAUGUUAGAUAAUUCUGAAUGUGACAACCAAUCUCUGCUGGUUCCUGAUCAAAUUUCAGAAGUAGAAUGGAUCGCUGGACCUAAAAUGACUUGGACUCAAAAAGACUUUGAAGAAUCUGUGCAACUCUGUGAAGCGAUAGCACUUGAAAAGGAUAUUGCUGUAAAUAAGGCCAGCAUCCUGCAAGCUAACCUGGAUAACCUAGUGUUGGAAAAUGAGCAGUUGAGAUUAGAAAUAAAUGAAAUAAAGGAGAAACUGAGGGAAAAAAAAGAAAUAGAUGAAUUUGAAGCACUGGAAAAAGAAACUCAAAAAGAUCAUGAGAUACAACUAAUGCAUGAAAUUACCAACUUAAAGAAUCUAGUUUCAAAUUCUGAAGCAUACAAUGAGGAACUUAAGGCAGAAAACAAUUCCAAAUCAGAACAGCUGAAAGAGAAAGACAACGAAAUAAAGAUAUUACAGAAUCUUGUGGAAGAAUUACAAAAAGCAAGAGUGGAAAAAGAGAUAUCUUUUUCAGUGGGAGAUUCUGAUAAGCUAGUUGAGGAAAUUCAGCAACUGAAUAAAUCCCUCUUAGAUAGUGAAGCCAUAGCCUUGGAUGCCAAAAAAGAAUCUGCUUUUCUCAGAACCGAAAAUUUGGAGCUGAAGGAGAAGAUGAAUGAACUCUUAAAUAAUCACAACCAAAUGCAAAAGGAUGUUCAAUUAUAUCAAAGCCAAAUAGAAGCGGGAAAAGCCAGUUACCAAAAAAUGCAAGCUGACUUGCAGAGAGAGCUGCAAUCUGUAUUUCAAGAAAACUUAAGACUAACUUCACUCAUGGAGGGUAAAGUUCCAAAAGAUUUGCUCACUCCUAUGGAGCUGGAAAAAAAGGCAGCUGACUUAAAAGGAGAACUAGAAAAAGCUUUGAAAGAGAAUGCACUUCUACAAAAACAAGUAAACGAGCUGUCAGAAUUUCAGUCUCUACCAAAUACUGUGGAGAUGCAGAAGAAAGAGAUUAUCGAAAAAUGUGAGGAGUUAUGUUUAUUAAAAUUGGAAAAUGAAAAGCUGCUUUCUGAAGUAGCUGAUAAUGAAAUUAAACUUAAACACAUGACUGAAGAAAUUGAAAAAUCAAAAGAUGAUUUAGCAGAUGCACAACUGAAAUAUAUGAAGUCUGAUCAAGAAUAUGUGGCACUUAAACAGCUUCAUGAAGAAAUGGAACAAAAAUACAUAGCUACAUCAGAAAAUAAUGAAAAAAUGAAGCUCCAAAUAGAAUGUCUUUCUAAAGAAGCACAAGAGUCUAAAACAACUUUGGAUGAAAUUAAAUUAGAGCUCUCGAGCAAAAUGAAAGAACUGGAAGAAAAAACAGCAGAACAAAAACAACUUCUUGAGCUAAGAGAAGAUUUUAUUCAGACUCAGCAGAAGUUAAAUGAAAUGGAGCAAUUAAAAGUGGAAGAAAGGAAGAGUGAAUUGAGACUGGAAGCUAAGGAUUCAGAGAUCCAGGCAGUUCUUCAGCAGCUAACUGAAUGUCAGGAAGAAAUAAAAACUCUAACCCAGGAAAAAGAUUACCUGAAGCAAAAAGCAGAGUCUCUCCAAGCUGAGACAGACCAACUCAAAGAGGAUAUAAAGGACACUGUUUCAAUGAACAUCUUGGCACAUGAAGAACUGAGAAAUACGCAAAGUUCUCUCAAGCAAUCCCAGGCCACUGUCAAGAAGUUGGAAAAAUAUAUUUCUGAAAAAGAAUCUCAAGUUUUGAGUGUUGAAGAGGCACUAGGAAAGACCAUUAAAGAACUCGAAACACAGAUCUCACAAAUGACAGAAGAAAUGAAAAUCGUCAAAUCAGAGAGAGAUCAGCUUGCUGAGGAAAAAUCAGAAAGUCGUUGCUGGAGAGAAAGUGAUGAAUUGCAUGUUGUGUUCAGACAAAUUUUGUUGUUCUAAGAAAGCCAGAAAUCUCUCUAAGACAGCGCCUUUAUUUUACAUAAUCCACAUGUCAAAGCUCAGGUAUACUUCUCUUAAAGCUAUUUUCCUACGUGUGCUGACAUCUGUCUUUGCAUAAAAUAGGUACCACAGGUCCAAGAAAAAUCUCUUGAGCAAGAGUUACUUGUUCUGAGGGAAGAGCUCAGCCAGGCACAAAGGAAAUUGCAUGAAAUGGAGGAAGCGAAGACCAGUGAAUACGAAGGAGAAUCUGAUAAAAUGGGGAGAAGAGAUUUUAUUCCCAAACUGCAUGACUGUCAGGAAGUGAGCACCCAGACAGAAAGAGAAGAGGAUGAUCUUAAAAUGCAACUGGCAAAUCUCCAGAACGAGAGAGACCAGCUAAGAGAAACUGUGCAGGAGACAAUAAGAAAGAAUUCAGAGAUGCAGAAGGAGUUGCAGUGUACUCACAGAUCUCUUGGACAACAUCAGGAGACUAUUGUGGAGCUGAAAGAAAACAUUUCAGAGAAAGAAAAUCAACUCUCGAAAGCGCAAGAGGCACUGAAGGAAAAAACUGAUGAACUGCAGCAGAAGCUCACUGAAGUAACUGAAAGGCUGACUCAUGUCUCAUCUGAAUAUGGCAAGCUACUGGCAGAAAAAGAACAAAUUGAAAGGACAAUGAAUGAGCAAGUUUGUCAGCAGCUUGAGAAAAUCACUGUACUUAGUAAGGAGAAAGAUGAGCUGCAACAAAUGGUGGAGACUUGUAAAGAAAGAGAAGAACAUUUGUUAAAGGUCCAGAGACGGUCAGAGAUUUUGGAAGAAAGCCUUACAAGCAAGAUUCAACAGUUAACUGACACACUAAAUAGUGUAUCAUGUGAAAAAGACCAGUUAUUAGCUGAAAGAACUAGUCACUCUUUCCAACUUAGAGAACAAAUUGCAUCAGUUAAUCAAGAAAAAGAUGAGCUACAAAAACUUCUUCAGGAUGUCAGGACUGAGCGGGACCAGCUCAAGACAGAAUUGCAAAGAAAUUGUGAGAUGUGUGUUGAAACAAAUGCAAAACUGGAACGUGCUUUAGACCAACUGAAGCAGAGAAACCUGAAUGAUAUGUCCAUUCAGGUAAACUCAGUGGUUAUUGCAGAGCAGGUGGCUGAUGACAACCUGAAGGAAAAAAGCUUGAACAUUAAGGAGCUUCUUGAGAAAUUCUCAAAUAUGGGGAAGAGGUGUGAAUACCUCUCUACAGUGUCUCUUAAGCUGAAGAGUGAACUGAAUAGUCAGAAAGCGCUGAUAGCUGUGAUACUGCCUCAGCUUUCCUUGGUACAGAGUAAACAAGUCAAAAGACUUCAAACUGAAAAUGAGAAACUAAACGGUCAUCUCCAGAGUUUAUUGAACAAACUGAAGUUUAUGUUCAGUCGUGUUUGCACAAAGAAAAGAGACUAUCAUGCUACUGUUAACAAGUAUAAAAUGGAAUUGCUUGAGGAAAAGAGAAGACAAGAUCAUCUACAAGCCGAGAUUCAGUAUCUCAGGAAGAUUCAUUUGAACCAGAAUGAAAUACCAUCUCAAGAAUUAAACAUCAGUGAAGGGCUGCAGAGUUUCCACUUGAAUGCAGAGAGCAUUCUCAAAGAUGUAUCAGAAAUGGAAAGUGAACUUCUCUGUAUAGAGGCAGAAUUACAGCAGCAAGAAAGUGCUAGAAAAGAAACAGUACAGUUCUGGGAAGCUUGUUCAGGAACUCACUGUAAUGCAGAGGAACUGGAAGAAGAGUUAAAGAAAGAUACUGAAAGGCUUUUGCAAGUCAUUAACUUCUGGACUCCUAAAGUAAAGAUGCUCCUUCAGCUUUCUUCAGAACUGGAUGCCAGAACUUCCAAUGACAGUAAAAAUGCUGAUGUUGAAUUGAAACAGAGAAAAGAGAAAAAUGAAGAGUUGCUUCAGGAUCUAAACACUCUAAAAGAAAAACUGGCCCCUGAUAGCUCUGCCAGUCUCAUGUUAAAAGAAGAAAACUAUAGGCUUCAUAAUAAAUUAAAGGCUGCAGAACAAAAUGUGAAGGCUAUGGAAGUAAAAGUUCAGAAGUUGGAAAAUGUAAUAAAUGAAGUAGGAGAAAAUGUCAAAGAGAAAGAUGACAGAAUAAACAAGUUACAAGCACAGAUAAGUAUAAAAACAGAGACAAGUGAGCUCACCCAACUGCAAGCCAAACUGAAUGAGAUGGAUAAGUGCCUCAGGACUGCCUUAACAGAGAAUCAGAGUCUUCAGGCAAAAUUAGAUAAAGGUUCUGAGUUGUACAAAGAAGAAAUUGAUCAUCUCAAAACACAGUUGGUAAAAUGUGAUAUGGAAAGAAUGAAACAAUCCAACUUUUUUGAAAUGAAACUUGCUAAUUAUAAAGCUCUGUCAGAACACCGAGAACAAGAGUUAACAAAGCUAAAAGAAGAACUUAGAAGAGCACACCAAGACCAAGAUGUUACUGUGCUGAAAGAAGCAGCUCCUCAGCAAUCCCAAAUACCCCUUACUUGUGGUGGUGGCAGUGGUAUUGUGCAGAGCACACAAAUACUCGUGCUAAAAUCUGAGCAAGCUAAGAUACAGAAAGAAAACUUGCACCUGAAGAAACAAAAUGACCUUCUACUAAGUAAUGAGCGUCAGCUGAAAGAGGAACUCAGGAAAUGGAAAGAAAGAGCACUAAAAUGGAGAGAACGAUCCUCAAGAGAAAAUACUCGAGAGACAAUACCACAGUCUCCAAAAAAGACAGUAUCAUAUUUCUUUAAAGAACAAAUGCUUUCGCCCUCCAAGGAACCUGUUUCUCAGGAAAUUGUGACUCAGGACCUAUCAAAACCUCUGCCACUGAGUUGUCCAACAAAUUUCUUUGAUAAUUCCAGCUUCGGUAUGCUAACAGAUACAUGUCCUGCGGCCACACAGUCCACAGAAGAACAUCUUAAGCACUUGUUUGGGACUUCAGACAAAGAUAAGGCCCCUGAUUGUAGCACCCAGUAAAGGUGCUGUGUUGGAAGCUGCCUUUGCAGUGGCUACAGCCAGAAUCUGCAUAUACAAAAGAUAAUUGCUUCAGGUUAAAAGCCAUCAGCCUCUUCCAUCCUUGCUGUCUUGGAGUUGCUACUUCCCACGAUUGGGAAACUGGAAUUUGAGGUCAAAAAUGGAAAAGUAGUCAUGAUGUCCACAACCUGCUUAUCUGAUGAUGUUCUACUUUGGUGUUUUGAUGUUGUGGGGGGUUUCGAUGGCAAAGAAAGAAAAGAUACUAUAUUGAAGAAAAAAAUGGAAAUGGAUCAUAAACUAACCUACUGUGAAAGUUCUCAGUCUUAAACUUUUCAUUCUGUCAUUCCUAAAACAGCCCUCUUCUGGACGGUUGAUAUUUGUAUCUCCUGACUGCUGUUGACUUGGAAAGAAAUAUUCUUUUUGUUUCUCAGCAUGUGGUUUUUAUACCAUGCUUUCUCUAAGUCCCCAGAAACUGCAUUUUCACUACAAUCCAGAACUGAAGUUACUAAUUUUCUGUUUAUAGAGCACACAAUCAGGGUUCCUCUUAAACUCCUUAGAAUGUUUCUGCAGCUCAGCCAAUUAUGAUACCGAGAGUAACUUUGAAUUUUGGACCAUCUUGCAAUAUAUCUGUUUGAAGUUAUGUAUUGGAGGUUUUUUUAAUAGUAAGCAAUGGACUUAAUGCUCUUCUGCUACUCUUGUGAAUUAAAUGUAGACCAGAUCAUUUGGGCAAGAUGGACUCUCUUACUAGCCUACUUAUCUGUAUUGUGAGAAUGUUUUUGUGUAUGUUUUAUAUAAGAAAGUUUGACAAUAAACUUUCAUGUGUUAAGUAUUUAAAAUUUUUUCUGUUGUUCACUUCACUUGUAGUAUGAUCCAAGGAUGUUGAUUACAAUAUUCAGUGUCUAAAGGCUAUUUUUUAUACUAAUCUCAUCACUUUCAUCAUUAUUAUGCUUCUUGUCUCUGUUCUCUAUAAUUUUUGCAGCAAUUACUUGUGCAGAAGCUUACUAUUGCACAAGUCUGUCACUGGAGUUUUGUUUAAUUCUUUCUGAGUCUUUCUCUGUCAAGAAAUGGUUGAAGUCUAAAAC